UACUGUGCCGUUUAUCGAACUCUCAGCCAUAUACAUACCACUGAUCUGUCAAGGCAAAACGAAUCCGAUCACUCGGGCGAUCACUUUUCUAAUCAUUAGCUUACGAUUUUCCUAGUAUAUAUUGUAGAAUAUCGGCUACAUUGUGUGUCUUUCCCAAAAAUGGACGAAAUAUUUGCGAAAAUAAACUACGAUAUAAACAUCAGCUGCUACAAAAAGGAGUAUAUGUUUCAUAUGGAACAUUUGCGCAACAACCUUUUUAGUAGUUUAAAAAAAGAUACUAUUUUUUCAAAGAUAUAUAAUGGAGUAUAUCUAAAAGGGAGUUAUGGCGACAAUCUGAAAGUAAAAUAUCCUGAUGAAUACGACCUAGUCUUCCGUCUCAAGUUGCCGGAAUAUAAGCGCAUAAUUUUACUGAGGGACCAAAGGGUACCCGGAAAUGUCAUACUUGAUUUUACAAACGUAUUUCACACAAUUGCAAACCAAAAACAACAUGCCGAAAGCUAUAAACAAUUAAAAAAAUGGGUUACUGAGAAAAACUUUCUUUCGGUUCGACUUCUGCAAAGUUGGUUGGAAAGCCGCUUUACAAAAGCCUUAAGCGAUCUAAAUAAACAAGUUAUAUAUGAAAAUGUCGCUUCAGCUAUAACAUAUAGAAAGCAAGGUCCAGCGCAUACGAUAUUUAUGAAUAAUCCAUAUAAAUAUUCAGUAGAUUUCGUUCCAGCAAUUGUUUUGAGCUCCUCACAAGCUUUAUUAAACACAAUUACGGGCGAUUGGGAUGCCAUUCCGAAGCCGCUGAAGAACACACCAAGAGAAAUUUCUUUUCGAGCAUCCUAUGACUCUCUUGAGCAUGAUAUUAUAAAGGAUAAGAAAAGCUUAAAGAAUGCAUUAAGGAUUAUGAAAAAAUUUCGAGAUAGGCACCAGAACAUGAGUAACCUAAAAAGUUACUAUAUAAAAACUUUGUUCCUAUGGAGAGCAUCUAAAGAGAGGACAUAUUUUUGGAAUCAGUCCAUAAGCUGUGUUGUAAUAGAACUAUUUAACGAUUUAAAAACAAGUCUUCAGAAAUGUAAGCUUCCUUACUUCUGGGAUGGCAAUCUAAAUUUAUACGAAAACAUUGGGGAAUCCAGCUUAUUGGAGAUGAGAAAAUGCGUAGAAAAUAAAGCAGCAACACUAGCAAAGUUUAAAGGAUUACGAGGCAUGGCAGACAAUGAUAACUACAGGGUGUAUGCAAUAUUUUUGACAGAAGCGGAACGCUUGAAAAUGGGUAUGCAAAAAAAUGGGACCAUACCAUUUUUACCUCAACCUGAAGAAAAUGAGCAAACUAGCACCUCACAUUGGCCUAAAUGCAGCGUAAGCUAAUCUUUGUUCCCGUUGGAAAAAAAUAUGUUAGUUAAUAUGCAAUUUUUAAAACCAGGAUUAUUAUUCUUCCAAUAUGUAUGUGAUCUUUCAUUGUAAACCGAAUAAAAAUUAUAACCAGACAAUUGAGAGCAAGCCAGGAGUAAAUCCUGAC